AUGCCUCCCGCGUUUAUCGAGGAGGUGUCCGAUGAGGAGUCCGGCGAUAUCCCAUUCAGAGAUGCGCCGGAAACUAACGGCACAGAUGAUCAGGACGCCCAGGAGGAGGAUGACGACGAGGAAGAUGACAGCCAAGAGGAGGGAGUCUAUGUCGUCGAAAGCAUCGUUGACCAUGCAUGGCUUGAUGACGGAACUCUUAAGCUCCUCGUCAAGUGGAAAGGCUAUGAAAGUGAGAAAGAUCGGACAUGGGAGGAGGAGGAAGGUCUCAUGUACGUCUUUGGACUCGUCGAGCUCCAACUGCUGCCAGGCGCAUUUAUUAAUAAACAACAUAGGGACGGAGCCGGUGCGAUUGUCACAGCAUACUACAAGAAAAUUGGCGGGAAGCCAGAGAAGCCCGCCGAGAAAGCUACACCAGCAAAACCUGGUCGUAAGCGCAAAUCUAUGGGCACUGCGAAGACAAACACGCCCAAAUCAGAAUCCGCAGCAACUGGGGCAAAGAGACAGCGCCGAGUUAGCGCCGCCACCAAGGAGACGGAGAAAAAGCAGGAACCCACUCCAUUGGAAGAAAACGGCAUCGGAUGGCUCCCAAAAGGGAAGAACUGGGAUAAGGACGUGCAUCGGGUGGAUACAAUUGUCAAGGAGGACGAUGAUGUUCUUAUGGCCUGCCUCGAGUUUAACAACGGACACACAGCAAAACUGCCUCUUCACGCCUGCUACGAGAAAUGUCCUAUGAAAAUGCUUGCUUUCUACGAACAACACCUGUAA